AUGUCUACAGAGACACUGAAUUGGAUUCCAUCAUUUCGAAGCUAUGAAGAUUUUAUCCAGAAGACACUACAAUCAUUGGAUGGAUUUAUGAUAAUAGUGAGCACAGAUGGAAUUAUAAUUUCUGUGACCCAUAACAUCACUUCACUUCUUGGCCAUUUACCUAAUGUCAUCAUGGGUAAAACCUUCUUAAGCCUUCUGCCUGAUGAUGAGAAAAGUGGAGUAUUUUCAAAGAUGGCUUUCAAAAUUCCUGUAUCAAGUUCAGUUGGAAAGCAUAUUGACUUUUGCUGUCAUUUCAAAAGAGGAGAUGCUGAAUCCAGUAACACCUCUGCUUAUGAAUAUGUUAAAGUCAUCCUGACUCUAAAAGAUGUUUCUAGUGAGCCUCCUGUGCUGUUCCGCAGUUUCUUUUCCAAACAUGUCUUUGGGUCAUCUGUCGUAAAUCUUCCUUUGGAGGAUCGCUUUUACCUGGUGGGGACCAUUUGUGUUCUUAGGGCUCAGAUUCUACGGAUUCGGAUGAGGAUAGGCCAUCUGAGGACUACAGAAACAUACUCCUUGCAGAGCUUUGAAUCAGAACCUCAGAUGGGACAUGUGAAUUAUGUAUGUGAGUUGAAUCGUGUACACAAGGUGGGUGAUCUGGCUGAGUCAGAAGAGUCAGACAAGCAAGUCCAGGAGAACCAGGAAGACGAAGAGGACCAGGAAGAAGAUCAAGAGAACCAGGAGGAUCAAGAGGACCUGGAAGACGAAGAGAAGCAGGAGGACCAAGAAGACAAGAAGAACCCAGAAGACGAAGAGGACCCGGAAGACGAAGAAGACCCGGAAGACGAAGAAGACCCGGAAGACGAAGAAGACCAGGAGGACCAGAAAGAGCAAGAGUACCGGCUGUCAUCGCACAUCACAUCAUACAUCAAGAGACAAGAGGAGGAAAUGAUGAAGAAAUUCCAGAAGCAGCUGGACAAGAAGACACAGAUACUGCAAGCUGAAAUAAAAAACCAGAGGAGCUCCCUGGAAACUUUGAAGGAGCAGCUCCACAUGAUGCACGAUUCCAAGUUACAGGAGCUGCCAUCCAUCACAGGCCAUGUUCACAGUCCCGAUUUACUGGAGCCAGCGCCCAAGAAACCACGCUAUGAGGCAAUGAAGAGUCCCUUCUCUGAUAUUUCGGAGGCCACAUCUGUCAGUGGUUCAUGUGUGUCAUAUUCUUCACAGUUCCCCAGGGAGCUUCAGCAGACUUUUGACACCUCUGCCCAGGUGCCAGUUCAGGAGGAGGUGAAGCACCAGCAGCAGCAGGAGCAGGAGGAGCAGAAGCAAGAAGAGCAGCAGCAGCAGCAGGAGCAGCAGCAACAACAGCAGCAGCAGCAGCAGGAGCAGCAGCAGCAGCAGGAGCAGCAGCUGCUGCAGAUGCAGCAGCUGCAGCUGCUGCAGCAACAGCAACAGCAGCAGCAGCUACAGCUGCUGCUGCCCGAGCAGCCACAACAAUAUAAUACCACCGGGGAGAACCAAGUGCUGCAAGUAUACCAGCCAAACCAACCUAGCUUCGCUAUGUUGCACUACAAUGAUGGCUUCAUGCCCCUGGCCCUAUCCCUACCACCACCACAACCCAUCUUUUUUCCUAUCAAAAUGUUAGCUGAACAGCAGCCCUCUGGCUACUAUCGUGCUGAAAACAUCAAUGCCUCUGGAUACUAUCGUGCUGAAACCUUCCAUGGCCUGGAACCUGGUAGAUUCAGAUUUUUUCCUGAAAACCAGUAUCAGCCCCACAUGAAUCUAUUCCCUAUGACCCAUGGCUCAGGGUCCCAAAGCAUUUAUUCUACCAACCUUCCUCAGACUACUACCAUCACCCACAACCCACAGCUUGUUAACCUGGAGACUCCACAAGACUACGUCUGCCUCUGGCAACAGUCGCAAGACCCACAGAAUCAUCUUUACCAAGUAGUCCAACUGAGUAAUUGGGCUCCCAAUGAGCAGGCCACCAUGGGCCAAGCCACCUUUGCUCAGGUGGCACCCAUUGAACAAGGCCAGCAUUCUUCAGGACUGGAGACUGUCCAAGCCUCUGGGAAUAAUGGGCCAAACCAGCUAAAUCCCUGUAUGUCAUCACAGCAGUCCUACUUGAAUCAGUAG